UCCUAAUUUCUUGACCUUUGAACUUUACCACUUCACAAAUUCACGUUGUGUGCAGCGCGGUUUGAAGAAUACAAUCUGUAAAUCUGGAACUCCUCUUGUUUUUUCCCAUUUAAACAACAUGACGAAAGGGAGGAAAGACCUGGGGGAUAUUACCUCACAUAACAUCAAGCAGCUGAAAAAACUCAACUCGGUCGUCUUCCCCGUCUCCUACAAUGAUAAGUUCUACAAAGAUGUCUUGGAAGUAGGAGAAUUGGCCAAACUAGCAUACUACAAUGAUAUCGUGGUUGGUGCUGUAUGCUGCAGGAUCGAUACGACAGACCAGGGAGCUAGACGUCUCUACAUCAUGACCCUGGGGUGUCUAGCACCAUACAGGAGACUGGGAAUCGGUACCAUGAUGCUCAAACAUGUUCUAGAUUUCUGUGAGAAAGAUGGACGCAUUGAUAACAUAUACUUACACGUGCAGAUUAACAACGAUUCAGCAAUCGACUUCUACAAAAAGUUUGAAUUUGAGAUCAUUGAAACCAAAGAGCAUUACUACAAGCGCAUCGAGCCCGCCGAUGCGCAUGUGCUGCAGAAGACCCUACGAACCAACCAAGCCAACAUUGUCCAAGCAUCGUCAUGAGAGGGCGCUCUUGAAGUAUGACAUAGUUCAAUGAACUUUGCAUCAUAAGAAUCUGGACUCAAGUUUGGAAUGGUGUGAACUUUAACUCGAUGUGUGAGUGUUUCAUCGAAGAGCAUGGAGCUACUUUUUGGAAAAACUUGAUGGUUAAAAGGAAGAAUCUUCGAUGAAUAGUAGAAGAGGUAUUUUGAUUGAGGUGAAGAAGACAUAUCUUUGUCCCAAGAUAUAUAUCAUUACCAGGGGGCUGUUUCAAAAAGAGUUCGUAAAGUUACGCAUGACUUUACGAAUGACUUAAAUAUGAAAAGCCAAAUGGGAUGCUCA